AAGGAGGAAAAAAAAUAUUAGGAGAUCUUUAGGGCUUAGCUUAUGAAUUUGCAUAAGUUGGACCUUUAUUCUUUUAAAAAGCAGCCCACUUGCUCCUCCAUUUUUUUUGAAUUAUAUAAAUAGUGUGCAUUUUUCAUUUUGGCGCCCUUCACUACAGCUUCUCUAACAAGCUUCUACCUUCACUAUUCUUCUUGAGUCAUGACCCGAAGAGGAUCCAUGGUUCAAAACCCGGCCGUCAAAUCAGUUGGGAACUUCAGUACUAGAUUCUCUUUGCCAUCCUUUCUAAAGCGUGUUAGGAAGUUGACUGAUAGUCAAAAGGAUGCCAUAAGUAGGACUGGGUUUGGAAAGUUGCUCCUCAUUCCGACUCAAAUGCUUUCCAAAAACCUACUGGUUGAACUGAUGGAAAGAUGGGAUAUCAAAAAACGUGCUUUUGUACUUCAUCCCGGUGAGAUAACCACAUCUCUGCUGGAUGUUGCACUAAUUUUGGGAUUACGAGUUACAGGAAAUCCUGUUCUUUUACGAGAAGAUACACCUUUCUUAGAUCUAGAAAGAGAAUAUAGUGUUUCCCUGUGGAAUAGAAAAAUCACGGUUGCAUCAUUAGAACAAAGACUCGAUUCCCUCGCUGAGACAACCAAUGAAGAUUUUGUGAGGUCUUUCUUGUUAUACAUGUUUGGAACUUUUCUUUUUCCAAAUACAAAUGGCAAAAUUGAUUCUCGAUAUGUAUAUCUUCUCCGAGACAUGGAUAAAGUGAACAGUUUUGCUUGGGGAGCAGCUGUUCUUGCAGAUGUAUUUCACUGGUUGUACAAGAGAAAGAAGGAAAAAGUACAGUAUGUUGGAGGUUGUCUUAUUUUUCUUCAAAUAUGGUGCUUUGAACACAUUGACAUUGCUCGUCCACGUUUAAUGAGCUCUAAGAUCCCCCGUGUCUGCAAUUGGGAAAGUACUAAAUCUCAUCAUAGACAAUGGUUCACUACCAAAUUCAAAGAACUAGAGACUAAUCAGAUAAUUUGGAACCUUGAACUGACCUCGGAUGAGUCCAAUAGUGACAUAAUCAAAGAGUUGCUGGAAGCAGAAAAGAGAACAUGGCCUGGCAUGAACCCACAAUCUUCAGAGGAUACAUCGUCACAUAUUGACCAUACUGUGAAAAGUGGAUUCCAGUCAAUGGGUCGUUUGAUUGUUGACCUGGAAGCUGUAUCAGAGACUGAAAAUUACAGAGUGGCACAUAGAGUGCAAACUCUUUCUUCUGAUGAAAGUUUGCCUGAAACUGUAUCAAGAUCUUCUGCGUGCCACUAUUUGGGAAAAGAAAAUGAACUCUCAGAGCAUCCACAGAUUUCAGGAGCAGAUGUCGCUAUAGUAAUCAGCAGUGAUGAUGAUUGGGAGGAUGAUCUGCAGAAGAAAAGCCAAACUCUGGAAGAGCAGAUAGUUCAUCUAAAGAACAAAAUUGGUGAGUUGACGAGAGAGAACAAAAUUCUGAAAACCCAACUAUUCUCAAGUCUGAAGUUUGAAGAGCAGAACAAGAAACUAAAGGAUGAAAUUGAAAAUCUACGGCAAGAAAAUGAAGAAUCGUGUGUAUCAACCAACUCUCUCGUGACUCGAUUAGUAAAACUUGUCUUUGAUGAGAUCACGGAUACAUAAAGAUGUAUUUGACAUCUUCAUCAUCAAAGUGAUGUACUGAUCAAAAUGUAAAUACAAGUACAGUUCAUAGGGAUUUCCAGCUUGCGUAUGGCAAUAGAGAUGAGAACUUAAGCGUUGGAUAAAUAAGAAUUUAGUCUAGCUACUGACAGAGAAUUUCAUAUAUUGAUUUUAUAAGCUAUUUAAAUUACCCAUUGUUUGCUGUAUGAAGGGACAAGAGUAGUGAAUGAACCAUUGUGGUUUGUGUAUCGACUAC